CGGGGCGAGGGGGCCCCGGGGCGGUAGGCCAUGGCCACCCGGCGUCUAACGGACGCGUUCUUGUUGUUGCGGAACAACGCGGUGCAGAGCCGGCAGCUGCUGGCCGAGCAAGUGAGUAGUUACGGCUCCUCCAGCCCUCUGAGUUCACGUAGCAUGGCUGCUGCGGAGCUGGAUGAGCUUGCUGAUGAUCGUAUGGCACUGGUAUCAGGAAUAAGUUUAGAUCCUGAAGCAGCAAUUGGAGUAACAAAACGCUUACCUCCCAAAUGGGUUGAUGGAGCAGACGAAAUUCAGUAUGAUAUUGCCAGGGUUAAACAGAAGAUGAAAGAAUUAGCCAGUCUUCAUGAUAAACAUCUAAACAGGCCAACACUGGAUGACAGCAGUGAAGAAGAACGGGCAAUAGAAAUAACAACCCAAGAGAUCACACAGUUAUUUCACAGAUGUCAGAGAGCAGUCCAGGUCUUGCAGAGCAGGUCACGUAGUUGUACAGAACAAGAAGCACGUGUUCUCAGGAAUGUAGUGUCUUCCUUAGCACAGUCCCUUCAGGACCUAUCCACCAACUUUAGGCAUGCACAGUCUGACUAUCUCAAACGCAUGAAGAAUAGAGAAGAAAGAUCCAAACACUUCUUCGACACCUCAGUCCCGCUGAUGGAUGAUGGGGAGGAUGAUACACUUUACGAUAGAGGUUUUACAGAUGACCAGCUAGCAUUGGUGGAGCAAAACACAUUGAUGGUGGAAGAGCGGGAACGAGAAAUCCGUCAGAUUGUACAGUCAAUCUCUGAUCUCAAUGAAAUAUUUAGGGACCUGGGAGCAAUGAUAGUAGAACAGGGAACAGUUCUAGAUAGAAUUGACUACAAUGUCGAACAGUCAUGUAUGAAAACUGAAGAAGGUCUCAAACAACUACACAAGGCAGAGCAAUAUCAAAAGAAGAAUCGGAAGAUGCUUGUUAUUUUAAUUUUGUUUGUUAUAGUAAUUGUCCUUAUUGUUGUUCUUAUUGGUGUAAAGUCACAUUAGGUUUCACUUCAUUUUCUCAUUUUUGGAGUUUAUGUGAACUUUUUUCCCCAAUGUGAAUGGAUGGACCUGCACUCCAGAAAGCUGCCUUUUGAAUGUAUAAGCCCUUGUGGUGCAAAGUCAGUGCAAUGUUUCUGUAGAAUUCUUCAAAGUACAAGUUUGGUGAUCUGUGAGGUGUUUUUAAGGAUUAUAUGGAAAAUAUCAGGAAAUUUGAUGCUCCCACACAAAUAAUUUGGCGCCUUUAUGCAGAGGUCUUUGGAAACACGGUACUUAAAAAUAAUUACAAAAUUGAAGUUUACCAGUGAGUACAGUAAUUAGUGUGUUACUGUGAACAAAAAUGUGUUGUCUUCUGUAUUCUUAGUCACAAUUGUUACAGGCUUCAAAUUUAAACCAUGUUACUGAGUCAUGGGACUAGAUAACAAAAAUUGACCUAAAUGUAAAAUAUGUUGAGGCACAAAAAUGUUUGGCUUCAUCUCCUUUCUUCCAGACUCAAAAACUCCAAGAACUGGAUAGACAGCUAAAAAAGAAAGCUUUUAGCAACCAGAAUGUAAUCCGACCCCUGUGAUCUUAAUUUAGAUACUGCACCAUUAUUAAGAAUCAGAGUAGUACUUGAUCUUAUAAAUAACAAGAUUUAAUCACUGGGAUAAUUUAACACAUUUAGUUAAUUAAAAAAAAUUUCUGAGCUUGAGUAAUCAUGGGAAUGCUUUUCCUCACCAGAAUGAUCAUAUAUAUUUUUUCAUGUACGAUUUUUUUUUUUUUUAGUUUGAAGUACAGACAUCACAUUAAAGCAAUGGUGAAGUUAAACAUAAAAAAUGGAGUAGAAAGCUGAAAGGAGAAUCUCUAUCUGACCUCAGAUGUUUCAAACUUUAGUUGUUGUAUAAGCUGUUUAUUUUACAGUGCAUCUGCCCAUAUGUAUUAUGGUUUUUUUACAAGAAGUGACUUCACUACAGGAUAUAUUACAUCCAUUUUCCCUGACAGAAGAUUAUUUCUUUCAAAUGUCUGCCUGGAAGAGGAUGUGUUUAUGGUCUCUUACUGACCAUGAGAUGUCACACAAGUGACAUGUUACUAGGCCUUCAGUAGAGAAUUUGGGGUUGUUUUCACUAUUUUUUUCAGUGGAAAACUUUGCUGUAGGCCAUAAAAGAGAAAUCAGGGCAACAUCUAAUAGAAUACUCCUGAUUUAAUUCAGGCCUGAAGUGGUGUGCAAUUGUAGAGGUCUUGUCUUAAUAUUUUUAAAAUGGCUUUUCUGUAUGGAUUUUCUUCCCCAAAGGGACUGUAACUUCCUUCCUUCACUUUGACUGAUACAGUGCUCCCCAUAAACUUGCAGAGGUGCUCUGCUCAAAGCCCCUGAAGUGCAGUUUCAUAAUACUAUGAUAUUAAUUUUGCAUAUGUUGCCUGCCCUGAGUUUAUCUUUACUAUGUACUAAGGAGGACUUUAAGAUGUGGCUUUAAACUGACUUGGUGCAGGAAUGGACCUGAAAUCAAAGACUACAAAGAUGUGAAAGCCUUGGCUUUUUGUGUGGCUUAUUGUGAAAAGCUUUGUACCACUUUUGUUACCUCUAGACAAAGGGGAUGUUGAACUUCCAAAACUGCCAGUUCAAACCCUUGAUUAAAUUCAUAAAGUACAUUGGUAAAAGAAUGAUGCUUGUAGUUGGGUGUGCAGCUCCCCUGUUCUGGUAAUAGAUCUUUUCAAUGAUCGUGAGUAAAACUACUGUCUCCCUGGUGUGCUGUCUACAUCGGUUGGUGUGAAGCAGCAUUUUGCUAUAAUUUAAUAUACUGUAUUUGCAACUUUCUCUCUAACAUGAGAUUGUGUUAUUUAUUUCUGUCUUGACUGGUGCUUUUGACAUUUUAUCAUGGCUAAUGAAUUCAAAAGAGUAAUAAAACACUUCCAACCUAA